UUUUGUGAAUUCAGGCGAACUCAAGAGUCAGACACUCUAUACCCACCGAGAAAAUUUUGAUGGCAACGCCGACGUCGACGGUCAAGGGCGGCAGUAGCAGAGAUGGGACAGCGAAAACGAUGGUGGCUGAUCAAAUUACACAGUCUAUACAGUCUACUUCCAAUCUCCUUCAUCUCAUGCUUCAGUCUUCCCCAUCUCAGGCGGAACUGAUGAAGCUACCAAAGAGUCUUUUUGCCAAGACAUCUACUAUCAAGAAUACUGAGCUGGUAUUGGAGCAGCUGCCUCGGGUGAUUUCGUCAUUGGAUGCUCAUAUGGACAACGGGUUACAAAGUGUUCCUCAGCUGAAAACUGUAAUGCAGCUGCUCUCAAACAUAGAAAACUGCCAGCUCAAGACCUUAUCCAGGGCUCAAGAUAUUCAACAGGAGACUGGAUCAGUAGAGCAACCUCCAAAGCCAGCUAACCUUCCUUAGGAUGAAUCGCAGAAUACUGGGCAAGGUUAUCCUGAUACUGAAGUAUUUGAUAUAAAUACAGAAUUGAUUGAUAUCGUUCACUGGUUAGCAAAAGAACCCUUAAUGCUUCAACUACAGCGAUAGUUUGGUUUUAACUUAGAGCUAUAAUUGUGUGUAAUAGAAUCUAAUCCUAGAGUUGAACUGAAAUUUUCUUGCCUUUAAGCCAACUCUCACUUCUUUUUUUUUUAUACUGUAAGCACUAAUUAUCUGCAGUCGGGGGCUGAGGGAGGAAGCCACAUUCGAUAUUUGCUCAUGUAUAUUCUUGAUACUACAGAUGUUCAUAUAAGAAAGAAUAAUUAACUA